UGUCCAUCAUGCAGCAACAUGCUCAUCAUCAGCCAAGUCCCAGCAGCCCACUGCGCUCCAGGCGAUGAGCAGAACAUGGGAAAAAACCGCUUCGAAUGUCGCACCUGCCCAUAUCAGAUGGUUCUCGGCCGUCGCUACUACGAACGCAAGAACAUGAACCUCAAAGCCGUGGAUGAUAUCCUUGGUGGCGCGGACAGUUGGAAAAAUGUCGACAAGACUGAAGCCAAAUGCCCUAACGAGCAGUGCGAAAGCCGGGAGGCAUACUUCAGACAAGUCCAAAUUCGCAGUGCAGAUGAGCCUAUGACUAGGUUCUACAGGUGCACAGAGUGCACUCGGGAAUGGCGUGAGAAUUAG